AUGAGUGAAGAAGCAAUUCUAAGGAAAUUCGUGGCAGAUGGAGAUGGGUUUGGGGAGGAUAAGAGGUUACAGACUCUUUUUAUUCAACUCAGGAAUCUUAACCCAGAAGCGGAGGAUAAUUCGGAGUAAGUGAGGGUUAUUUUUUACCUUUAUUUGAUUGUUUAGAGAAGUAAUCAGGGUGGAGAACACAUUGGGGCUCGUCGAAUACAGUCUGGAAAAGCAAAAUGUCCUCUCCGAUCUCAUCUACAAUGAAACUCAGGUUUUAAAAAAUUUGAAUAUGGAAAUUUGUAAGUGUUUUACCUAGUAUAAGAUUGAGUUUUUAACUUUUUGUUAUUGAAUUAAGCAAUUUUAGAUGGAAAAAUCGACCAAUUGAAAGCUCAGAUUGAUAGUGUCAAAAAAGAAUUAGAAGAGGCAAAAUUGGUUCGGAAGAAUAAACAAGAAUACGAUGAUAUUGCCAGGAAGAUCGUUGAAAAACCUUCGAGAGAAGAGACCACUGAGAAUCUGGAGAAAUUACAUGCUUCUCUCAGUGAUCUCCACGAAACUCAGAAGGAAUUGGAACAAAAAUUGGCUGACAAGAGGACUCGAGUGCAGGAAUUAAAUGUUCUCAUUGAUGAAUUUAGGGGAAGGAAGCCUGAAGGCAGGUGAAUUUUGAUUGACUUAUUGCUUGAUUUUAGUUAAAACGGAACUGGAAGAACCAAUAUCCUCUCCAGAAGAGGAUAAAAGAGAUAGUGAUGACAACAAAUCGGAUGAUGAAGAUGAAAAAGAUGAUCUCAAUGACGAAGAAAAGGAAGAAGAGAAAAAGGGAAUCAAGGAAGAAUCCAUGGAAGAUUAA